UACUAUGCUUACAGUCAGAGUCCAUAACCAUCACUUCUCCCUCCUUCCCUCUCUCUUGAAAAGGAGGGAGAGUAAAAUCCAGAAGCAAAUUCUGUGCGUGUUCUCUAUCCGAAAGACACAGAGAGAGGGAGAGAACGUGGAGCUGCAGAGCAGCAAAACCUUUUCUUCAAUUUCAAUGCAAAGCUCUCUCUCUCUAUCUCCUUGCAAAUGGGCCCAUAAUCAAUCUCAAUCCCAAACCCAACUGUCACGUAUUCUUCUUCUGCCGCUACUCUCUAUUUCUCUUUCUCUUUCUCUUUCUCCUCGCCUUGCCAGCAAAAACUUUGUAAAGCUAUCAACUAUCACUUUCACUCUUGUCACAGCCUCUCUUCCCCCGCUUUUUUCUGUCUUUAAUGCCUGCCCACGCGAAGAAGAAUUUCGCCUGAAAAUAAAAAAUAUUGGGUCGGUGCUAGAUGCCUAGAUAAGCAUUUCAGUCUUCUAUUCCUCGUUCUUUUUUGCUUGUCAAAAGAUGCCCACUCACCUAACCUCUUUAGAAAACAAAAUCCCUUGUUUUUACCUUCUCGUAUACUAGAACUCGUUGAAUAUUGAUCUGGUUUUUUUUUUUUCUUCUGCCAGCUUUACGUUUUUUUUUAUCCGUGAAGGGGAGACAAUUUGCGUUCUCUGUUUCGCAAUCUGUACUGUUGCUGGCAGAUUUUACACGUUUUUCCCUUAUACUUCUUUGAUGAUUGAUGCAUUCCUCUAAGAACCUGUUGCAAAUUUGAUUUGGGUAUUGAAGAAAAAGGCCGGUUCAUCGGUGUUGACUGCCAAUUGCAGAAAAAGUUAAGUUUGUAAUUAGAAGUUGCAGAUAUUAACAUCGAAACCAAGUUUUCAGAUGAUAAUGCCUUCUGCUGGAAACGUCGAUUAGUCCCUGCUUCGAUAUUGGGUAUUACGGUGUAAAAGAAAGCAAGCUUUUAUGCCAAGUUUCUAUUGAUUAAUUUUGCUGAUCGGUGACAUUUUGAAGCUGAAUUCUUCAUCUGCGACCCACUCGUGGGCUUGAAACGUUACAGUUACUUCCGUUAAAUGAAAGAUCAAAAUAUCUAAAGCUUGAGGAAGUGAGGAACUUCAGGCGCUAGUUAAGGCUUGUGGAAGAAAAAAAGAAGCUUUUCAAUAACUUGCAAUCCAUAGAAAGCUUGGGCUAUCUUGAGAUUGAAGCGUCUGAAGAAGCUUCAAUUGUUGCAAUUGGAAUUUUUGUCCACUUUCCUUUGGUCCAGUACACACAGUUGCACUGUUGUCCUUCUUGGCCUCAUCGAAUUUGAGAUUCAAGUGGGCCCCAGUAGCGCAGAAAGUUGGAUGAGCAAAGCAUAGCAAGUAUCAAACAUUCAUCAUGGCAAAGAAAUCUCAGAGACGCCCUGUGCGACAGGAAAGAGACCAAUCUGGGUGUAUGUGGGGUUUAGUUAGUAUGUUUGACUUCUGCCAUGGUCGAUCAACUCAAACCCUGCUUUCAGAUAGGAGACAUGGGCCCAGGCGUGCUGUUGCUGCUGUGAAUGCAAUGAAUAAGUCUGCCUUGCUGACCAAUCUUGAUGAAAAUCAUCAAGGAAUUAUUGGGGGUGAAGAGAGCAUAACAGUAGCAGUUGAUGAUGGUAAACCUAGUGUGAAGAAACUAAUUGAAGAAGAGAUGUUUUGUGAUGAAGACUUAAAGAAGCAGAUGGACAGUGCGGAACCAAAACAGUCUAAUUCAGAAUAUGGAGGCAAUAAAAGGAAAAACUGCAAAAGAACAAACAGAAGUCGCUCAAAAAGUUGUGAGAUAUACAUAGAAGAUCUGGAUGAUUCUGAGAAGUUGGAACCUGAAAAGCCUUGCCUUCAGAAUUUAGAAAAGCAAUCUACUGAUAUUCUUGAUGUGGAUGAUAUGGUGGAAGAGUUCUGCCGCCAGAUCCAUCACAUUAGUUGCGUAAAGCAUGAUGAGCAUGAUGAGCAUGAUGAAGUUCACAGCCAACUAAACCAGAAGAAUCCUGAUCUUGAAGAGAAAUUGCGUGAGGCAAUCAAACUUUUUAUAAGUCAGAGGCUCAUCAAUGCAAAACAUGUCUCCGGAGAUGGAGAAAUCCAUCCUUCUGAAGAGCUCAAGGAUGCACUCAGGAUUCUAUGUUCUAAUGAGGAAUUAUCUCUGAAACUCUUACACGGUCAAAAGUCCGCAAUGGUGAAAUAUCUUGAGAACUUGUGGAGAGCUCAUGUAGAGAAAGAUGACGUCUCCAAGCCACUUGUAAGAUCAAACUUGUCAGAACAUGUGAUUGAUGACUUCAAACAGUCUAAUGAGAUUAUCCCUGGUAAACGGCUCAAUUUUUUCAGGAGGAAGGCCAAAUCUCUAGAAAAGAACCCAUCAAAGGAAAUUAUGGCUUCUCAAGCUUUAGAUAAGAUUGUUAUUUUAAAACCUGAACCUAUAGGUGUGGAAAAAACUGGAACGGAAAAAACCCUUGGGUCAUCACCUGAAUCUCAGAGUAUCAUAAGAAACAAAGGGACAAAUGGAGUUGGUUCCUGCUUUUUUCUCACUGAAAUUAAAAGAAGAUUAAAACAAGCUAUAGGCAAAGAACAGCAAGAGAUCGCUCCUUAUGGUGCUUCAAAGAGAUUUGCUAACAAGUAUCGAGCAAGGGGUGAUAGUGACAAAAAAUAUAGAGAGAAUAAUGGAAGAAAUUCUCUUGGUAAGGACCACUUCUUUAAUGAAAAGAUUGCCAGGCCUCCAUCUGCUGUCAGAAAGGAAGAGAAGACUGACAUGUUGAAAGAAUGUGAAAUAGAUUUGGAGCAGGAAACUGCUGCUUACCCCAAGAAUAGAAUGGCUAACAUUUACGUGGAGGCCAAGAAGCAUCUCUCUGAUAUGCUUACCAGUGGCACAGGGGUUCAGAAUUUUUCGAGUGGACAGGUUCCAAAAUCUCUUGGGAGGAUUCUCUCCUUUCCUGAGUACAACUUUUCUCCUACUGGCAGUCCUGGAAGAGAGUGGGGGCAAGGCCUUGUUACUGCACAUAUGAGGUUUUCUAGCAAUAACGAGUUUCAGAAACAUGAAAGUAAUGGUGGCCAUCGUGGUCGAAUGACACUGAACUCAGAAACUGACUUGUGUGUUUCUAAUGACCCUGCUUAUAGUCAAGCAGUAACAUCUGCAAACCCAAAAACAUGUCAGUAUCUCCAAUAG